AUGGCUCGACCAAGUCGCUCUUAGAGCCAUCUCCAGUCCGCAGUGUCGAGCUUAGGAUACCUCUUACCUACGUGAGCGAUAUCAUAUCGGUCCGCGAACUGAUAUCGAUCACGGCUGAGAGAUUUAGCGAAAGUCUCGGUAGGUGCUACUUGACGAAUGAGGAAAGUGGCCGAUGUACGCGCCAAUAAUUGCGGGAUCCUGUUAUAAUGAUUGAGUUGUCUUGCCAGCACAGUUCCAGACACGAGGCUGGGGGCCGAAAGUGAGAGGGACCACAACAGUCGCACUUUCUAUCUACCCGCCUGAGCCAACUCACAUCUCAUUCUGCAGCAUCACAUAUCGUGCGUUGCCCAUUGUUUUUAUCUCAAGCAUUCUGCUCUCCCCACUCUCCCUCAUGAGCGGUCUUGAGAUCGCGGGUGUACUUUUGAGUGCGUUUCCACUCUUGAUCACCAGCCUUAAGCACUGGCGCGAUGUGGCUAAGGUGGGUAGUUUCUGGUGGAGAGUCCGCAAAGAUCAUACCGCCUGCCUCCGAUGGAUACGAUUUCAUGAGAUCUUGUACAAACGAAAUCUAAAAGAGCUGUUAAUUCCGGUUCUGACUGAUGCGAGCGAGGUAAAAAGCCUGAUCAUCGACCUAGGGGGAAGAGACUGGAGCAGCAAGGCUCUGCAAGAGCGUCUGGAAGAGCGGCUUCACGAAUCAUACAGCCUGGAUAUGUAGCAAGAUCUAAGCUAGAUUACAAGGCGUUUCGUCUCAAACUCAGCUUCAACGAGUCGAUAAGAAUAGAUCUGUUCAGGCGUUUAAAGAAAUACAACGAACAUUUGGAGAAGCUACUUAGCAAGAGCGACAAGCUAUCUGCUCUUGAGAAUGUCAGUCAUACCAAGCAAGCUCACGCCUUGGAAGCGACCUUCAGGAAGGCAUGCAAGAGGCCAGACCACCUGUUCAAGGCUAUUCAAAAGGCGCAAGGAUUCUUGCCUCGACAAUCCAUAACUGCAGAUGCUAAAGACAGCGAAUGUAACUUCGCCUCAUUUGGCAUCCUGCUCGUAGAGCUUUGCUUCGGUAGACGACUGGAGAACCACCCUCUCCGCAAGAAACACCCAACGGCAGACGGAGAUACUAAGCAAGCUUUUUGCAAUAAAGUGGUCCCUAGGCGUCUGCGAUGAAGGAGGCGAGGACUACG